AGCAGGGACACGGCAACAAAUGGAGCUGCUCCCAUUCUUUUUGACCUGAGAGAAUCGGCCUGCAAACCAUGUCCUGUCCUCUAGAUCAUGGCUUGAUAAGGACUGCGGCGGUGGAGCGGGUGGUCGCACCGAUCGCAUGUCAUUUAUGCCAUUUGGUGCUGCUGUGCGACAGCGCAGAGGAGCCGGAGCAGUUCCGCCACCUGGAGGAGGCGGCGCAGGCCGUGGCUAAAGCCACAGAGAACAUGGCAGCAGUGGCCUCCAGACGAAUGCGUGAGACAGAGGAGGAGGUUUUGCAGAUGGAGAUGUCGUCCCUGUUGGAGUCGGUCACCGUGUCAGGACAGCAUGUGCUCCUGGCGGCCCAGAAGCUCAGCAUCCAGCCAACUGUGGCGGAACACAGAGAGGACCUCAUCGCUGCGACACAAAACGUCUUCCUGGGAGUAGUCAAAGUUCUGUUAGUGGACGACGAUGCUACCGUCAGGAGAGUCGUAGCUGCCGCUGACCGGGUGUUGGAGAGCCUCUCCGAGCUUGGCUCUUCCCCAGACAUCAAGUCUCUGCUCAGAUCUUUCCAGGCGUUUUCUGACGCUCUGUUACUCCUCAACGGUCUGACCGUAGACAGAGCAAAUUCCCUACAGGAUCCCAGACAAACGAAACAGCUUCUCGAUUCACUGGAGACCCUGAGGAGGUGCAUGUCCAUGCUGCACACGGCCAUGUGCACAACCAUCAAACACGCUGCGAACGAGCAGGCACGGGCGGCCAAGAGGUUCAUUCUGGACAAGGUGCAGAGCACAGUGAGUGACAUCAUCAUAACCCUUAAUGGGGAAUGCAAUAAAGGAUCUCUGGGUCCUUUUGGAUAUUACACAGGGAGAAGGACCAGAUUGCUGCAAAUACUUACUAGUUCCUCCCCCUCCUCAAUCCGAAGCAGUGGCUUUGACAGCACGGUUAGAGAUCUUGUGUUACACUGUAUGGUUGUGGCAAACUCUUCUCGUAGUGGGUUUCAGCGAAUGGUGGUCGGUCAUUGUCGUCACAUCCUGCAGUUCUGGUCUGUCAUAAGAAGGAUUUUAAAGUCCUCCGAGAAUCUUGACGACCAGAGCCUUGAGAACACCUCAGCUUUGUUGGUGCAACAAAUGCAAACGCUCGACAGAGAUCUGAUGACCGCUAUUCUCUAUCAAGUCCUGGACACAUUCCUCACAGCGUCUUCUACACACGAGGAUCUAUUGAGUGUGUUGAGACAGAUCCUGGAGGCAGAUUCCACCACAAAGAUUGAUCUGAGCUUUAUUCAGCCACUGGUUGAGGAUUUCAUUUCUUCCACUGACAGAAUAACACAAGUGGCAAAUUUGAUCUCAGCUGUCGCCGUCGAUGCGAAGAGUUUGGAGAGUGUGGAGAACUCACGAGCAUGCCUUACACGACUCAGAGCUCGGAUCGCACCUCUCUCACUGGAGCUGGCAGAUGAUUCAAUGCAAACUGUUCAAAAGCUUCAUGAGGUUUGUCAAAAAUGGGAGGAGGAGACUGGUCAGCUUCAGGAUGCUAUCAGUGACGUAAUGGAUGUGAGGCACUUCACCAGUAUCGCUAUUAAUGAGAUGGUCAAUGACCGGCACGGAUGUGACGCAGCCUUCAGAGAGCAGAGCUACAAACUGUUCAGUGUAAAUGCAACGCACCUCAUUUGUCACAUGAAGUUGGUGAUUCACUCAGUGAAGAGGCAUUUGGACCGAAGUGAUAAUCCCAUCUACAGGAAUGGCCUCCUGGUCUUGCUGAGACAGGUUCAGUCAACUCAGACCAAAGUGGGCGAGUCAGUCAGAGACAUGCUGUUCGGUUCCUGCCUAAAUGUGGAGGCAUACUCCAGCUUUUCAGACAAUGUUUCCACCGUCGUUCAGCAUUUUAAAGUGCUAAGAGAAGGACUGGACGGCCAGCAGCAUCCACCUCUCCUGAGCCCGCUGCGGGAGCGGGCACGUCAGCCUGAACUCUCACAGUUAGGUUCACCAGUGAAAGACACCUGUGAACUGAACAUGGAUCACAUGAGAAAAGGCUCGGAAUCUCCUGUUUCGGAGGUUAUGCAGAGGGAUUCCCAUACUGAACAUGAGGAGGAGCACUCAGAUGAGGAAACCAUAGAAGCGGAACUGUCUCAUAAAUAUGACACUGAUGAUUUACAGAUCCCAGCUGUCUCCAAAGAACCCAAACUGAUCCACACGCCUCUUGAAUUUGCCCUUUUGCCUCUCUUGUAUGAAGUUGUGACCGUGACUAAAGAAAAAGAUGUGACAGUGCUCAACCAGGCCUGCACUGGUGUUUUUGAGUUGUCAAAUUGUUACGCCAAGGCUGCAAAGGAGGCUUUGGCCGUUGUUGACGCAGUCGAUUGUCAAACGCUGGAAGGUUUUCGAGCGGAGCUGGUAUCACUGACUCCACUGCUCGUCCAGACGGCCCAAGAAACAGCGAUGAGCUCAGCGAUGAGCACAGAGAGCAUCUACAAACACAGCACGCAGUUUUCUGACCUUAUUAACAACAUCAGGAAGGUUUUGCUGCCAAUUGCUGGAACUUGGUAUCAAGCUGUUUACAGCGAGCUGCGAGGAAAUCGUCCAACAGAGGCAGCUACUGGUGCACAGCAACUGAAUGAAGUGAUGCCUCUAUGUGCCGACAUGGUCCAGCUCUUGGCAUCGUCUGAUAUAACCUCACAAAGUGACGGUCAAGAAACAUUCAGCGCUUUACACAACAAGCUCAACAAAGCCCAGAACAACAUGAGGUACGUGGUCGAGUUUUCCAACUCACCGGAAGGACAGGUCGAUCAGCUGGAGGGACUCUGCAUCCUCUGGGGUCUCUCUAUUCAGAUUUUGCUAAAUUCUCUGGAUAAGAUUUUGGGAACAUCCGCAGCAAUGAACCAGCUGAGCCGCCAGAAGCAGCUGUCGGCUUUGUCUGAGAACUCGCUUCGGAUCCAAGAGGCCGCAAGGAUCACCAGCCUUCAUUGUAAAAGUGCUUACAAAUCAAAGCAGUUAACAGGAUACCAGGAUGAACUAAAAACACUGACUGACGCCUACCUUAAAGCGGCUGAGGAGCUCGGCUUAAUGCCAAGUGUGAUGCAACUUGCAAAAUCUGAAUUCCUUCAGAGACAUCUUUUGAUUAAAAUUAGAGUCCUCUCUGGUCAUUUAAGUAAAGCAAAUAAGGGUUAUGACACUGCACUUCAAAACAUUGUCAGCAUUGCCUAUUUUUCAGCUGAACACUUCAGGGAGAACGACACAGAAGAUACAGAACGGAAAUUUGAAACCGCCGCAAAGAGCCUUUUUGAAAACGUUAAAUCUGCGACCAAAAGAGUGGAGGACUCCCUAAACUACAUCCAUGACCCACGCACCCGUUCUAAUCUGAGGUCAAUCAACGACCACUUGUCUUUUCAGAUUACGGAUGUGAUCAGCAGGGCAAGGCUCGUGGUGGAGACUCACUACAUCUGUGACACACUCAGUCUGGAUGUGCACAUACAAUGCUGGUCGGCUAAAGCCCACUAUGUGGUUGAGGAGGUAAGGAGGCAAGACGGGAUUCGCCAAGAGACUAAAGAGCACAUCAGGACCGGUCUACAGGGCAGAACACCCGAGGAUAUCAAAGAAGUGUUGGCUACAAGUCCAUCUAAAGUCAAAGAAGUGGAAGUUUACCCUGACCCAACAACGACGUCCUGGCAGAGAGGCAAUACAGAAAUUGCAAAUGCUCCAGAGAUAAAUAUGAGCAUGGCAGCUGUGGCCAGAUAUGGACCUGGAAAUAUGGGAAAAGAUGAUGGUGCCAGGUCCGGUGCAUACAAAGAAGCUUCUUCGCUGACCUACACCUCCCUGUUUCUGAAACAAGAAAGUGACUGCUGGGAUCCCAAGGACAACAGAAUUGUCCAGAUGACCAGGAAGAUGGCUGACACCAUGUACUACAUGACUCAGUACCUGAAGAAGAAAGGCCCAAUACCAAAUAAAGAGGCAUUUGUCACUGCAGCCAAAGACAUGAUCUCAAACUGCCACUCACUGACUCAGUUCAUCAGAGUCAUCGCCAACCACUGCUUAGAUAAACAGUGCACGAUUGAGCUGUCCCUCAUUGUUGAGCAGAUUCUCACCACCACCAGCCAGCUCAACAUCAUCUCCAGUGUUAACGCUGUAACGCCCGGUUCCAAGUCCUCUGAUGAGAUCCUGGUGAAGAACGCACAGAACCUCCUCCAGACGGUGCUGCGUGGGGUCCGUGCUGCAGAGACCGCCUGCAUCACAGUAAAUUUAACAUCACCAACAUAAACAACCUUUAAAAUCUGUGAGCUCUUCUCUGUGAUUCAGAUUUUGUUACAUGUUGUCCUGUUACUUGUUUCGUGAGUCGUAUGCAGUUUCACUCUUAUUCCAGGGUUUGAAGCAGCCCGAGCCAAACUCGGACGGCGCAGAGGCCACAGCUCUGUGUUUCCAGUGGAAGAGGAAUCUGGAGAUCCACCGAGCCCAGCAGACCUCUAACCCAGAGACCGAUGAGCUGGGUCUGAGGAAGACCUCGUCCCACCCUGUAGCCCCCAGUCUUGCCCCACCAGUUAAUGUACAAGAUGGCUACAAAUGACACGGGUAGAGUGUUUCGAGAACAACCUUUAACUUAUUCUGAUUGGAUUUGUUUUUUGUUGACUUGUGACAUGGGAGGUCCACUAAACAGAUUGCAAUGCUCAAAUACAGUUCAGCAGUGUGAAAAACAUGGAAACAUGUUGCAUAAGAGAUAGUAUUUGUUAUUAUAUUGUAGGGCUGCAACUAAUGAUCAUUUUCAUAAACGAUUAAUCUGUCGAUUAUUUACUUGAUAAAUC